GCAGAAAGUUCUAUUUUUAUUCCAUAUCAUUUUUUAACAACUGAUAACCGGCGCAGAAUAUGCGACUCAUCGAGAAGGUGUUCCAACCAACGGGCAAAACUCAUGUCGGAACGCUGAUAUUCUUUCAUGGCUCAGGUCAAUUCCCUUAACCCUUUAGAGAGCUAUUUGUUGUUGGUGGUUGGUGUGUGUCGUCUUCAACUGAGUGAAUCGAUUACCCGUGUGAUUAUCGUUUCAUACAGGCGACACCGGAAACGGGCUUACGGAAUGGAUUCGCUUUCUGCUGGGGAGGGAUAUGGAGUUUCCCCACAUCAAGGUUAUAAUUCCGACGGCGCCAGUACAGCCUUACACGCCGAUGGGUGGGGAAAACUCCAAUGUUUGGUUCAACCGCAAGCGGAUCGAAAUGGACUGCCCGGAGAUCAGAACUUCGCUAGCUUCGAUCUAUGAUACCGUGAAUGAGAUACUGAAGCGGGAGAUUGCCCAGGGAGUUCCCGCGAAUCGAAUAAUCGUAGGCGGAUUUUCGAUGGGUGGAGCAUUGUCACUGCAUACAGCUUAUCACUUGAACCGUGACUUGUUGGGAGUUUUCGCGAUUUCUUCCUUUCUCAACACGGGUUCCAUCGUGUUUGAUUCCUUGGGAUGCGUUAGCGCUGACGAAGGGCUUCCAGAUCUGUUGAUGUUCCACGGUGAAAAAGACACACUAGUACCGAUCGAGUGGGGCCAAGCGACGUUCGAUGAACUGGCGAAGUUGGGCGUCCGGGGACAAUUCAUACCGCACCGGAGCGCACUACACGAAAUAAAGAAGGAUCAACUGGUGCGCGUUAUCGAGUGGGUUAACAAACUGAUUCCGGAACCACGGGAGGCUACCCCUCCGGAACCGGAACACACCGUUAGCUCGACGAAAAGAAAAGGCAAACUGUAACCCGGGAAGCACUUUUAAUCAGUGAUAAUACUAGCGGUACCUUUUGGAAGAUAUUCUAAAUAAAUUUUUAGUUCACUCUUGUGCGUUCAGA